AUGCCCGAUCCAAUUUGGAGUCACUUUAUUCAACUAGGACGUGUAGCUGGAUUUAAACAGAAAAGAAGAGAGUGCAAAUAUUGGCAGCAACAAUUUAAUGAUGCCCUUAGAGCUGCACGUACACAUUUUCGAAACUGUAAAUUUAUCUUGCCAGAACAAAAAAAAAAUUAUUUUGGCGAUUCAUAUGAAGAUAAAAAUAAUAGUGAUAGUAACAUAUCACUAAAUACAUUUGAAAUAUCUACUCCGGUCAUAUCAAAUUCUGUGUUACCUUCAUCUA